CAUCAACAUGUUCUCUGUAGCUCUGAUACUGCUGCUGGCUGCUGGAUCCUGUGUGAACAGUAUUGAUCUCAUCCAGACAGACUCAAUGGUUGUGCAGCCUGGACAGUCUCUGACCAUCAGCUGUCAGGUCUCUGGUUAUUCUUUGACUGAUGACAGCUAUGCAACAGGUUGGAUCAGACAGAGUGAAGGAAAACCAAUGGACUGGAUUUCCCAUCAGUGGGAAGGAGGUAGCCUUCGUCAAAAUGAUGCUCUGAAGAACAAGUUCAGCUACAGCAGAGACACUUCUGCUCUAACAGUGACUCUAAAAGGACAGAAUGUGCAGCCUGAGGACACAGCUGUGUAUUACUGUGUAAGUUACCCCACAGUGAUACAAACCACCAACAGACCUGCACAAAUACCCAGCAACCAGUUCAAUGCACCCAUCUUCUUUGAGCCUCCAUCCUCCAACUGGGUUCCAGAGAAGAGGUUUGACCAGGUGGCUGUGACGCCACACUGCUGUUUGGUACAAGGCUCUCAGCACUUGUUGGCCCAGUACUGGCGAUCCUCCAUCUCCAACUGGGUUCCAGAGAAGAGGUUUGACCAGGUGGCUGUGACGCCACACUGCUGUUUGGUACAAGGCUCUCAGCACUUGUUGGCCCAGUACUGGCGAUGUUGUAACACCACAAGCAGUUUGUACAGAAUUGGGAGAGGGCCACUGCCCUCACAAGACUGA